CGUGAGCCCUGCGUCUGCACACCUACAUAACUGUACAUAUGGCACAAGACGUCCCAGGAAAAUAAAGUGUCUCGCGGCCGCCGGCGCGGCCCGCAGAGGAGAUGGUGUUUGAGCUAAAUGCACUCAACCCCGCACCGUUUGGUAGGCAGAGAGAUAAAUUUGGAUGACAGCAGCAAAGACCUACCUCAAUGCCCCGCACCAAGAUGAAGUCAUCCCUCGUUUGAGAUCUCACCUUUCUUAGCUCACCUCCACCAUAACAGUUCCCCGUCUCUAACAGACACGAUCGACAUUCUUGCAAAGCAACGAAUGUCCACCCCCUUCCUCGGCCGCCUAUCACCAAUAUCAACCCAUCUUUCAAGCAACCCUCACCUCGCCACUGGUGAAAUGUCAUCAUCCGCCGGCCCCGCCCCCUGGCGCGAGCUCUUCUCCCACCACCUAACCCAUUUGAGGCCCCCAAUCUUCACUCUCGCAACCCUCCACCCAGUCCCCUCCCACACCUCCAUCACUGUCCUCCCCCGCGCGCGCACCUGCGUCUUCCGCGGCUUCUGGGGUACCCUCCCCCCCAACGAGCGCAACCCCGCCGUUCUGAACCCGCCCCUCUUCAGGUCUGACCUCUUGACUUUCACCACUGACGCGCGCAUGUCAAAGACGUCUGACAUUCUUGACACCGCCGGGCCCGAUUCGCAGACUGUGUCUGGCGGCCCAAGCGGUGGGGGGGGGCCAGUGGAGGCAGUAUUUUGGGUUGAUGAGACAAAGACUCAGUGGAGGGUUAGAGGGAAGGCGUGGGUUCUAGGGCCGGGGAUUGAUGGGGAAGGGGAGGGGGAGAGGAAGGUUAGGGAGGUGGUGGGGGAGAGGAUGAGGAGGGUCAAGGAAUGGGAAGGGGACGAGGAUUGGAGCUGGGAGAGGGAGGUGGAGGGGCAUUUUGGGAAUUUGAGCCCGGUUAUGAGGGGGAGUUUUAAGGGUCCGGAGCCGGGGGCGGAGGUGGAUUAUCAUCAGGGGAAGAGGUUGGGUGAGAGGGUGGAUGAUUUGAGGGAUGAGGAGGCGAGGGGGAAUUUUAGGAGGGAUGUGAUGGAAGGAAAGGGGUUCUGA